AUGGCAACUCGAGAGCCUGCUACCCCGACGCCAGCUACCAACGGCGAGGCCCAUGCGCGGGGCCCCAGCACAUCCACCGGGACAGCCGAUGCAUCUGGGCCUACUGUGAAUCGCAAGAAGCAAAAACGUCGACAGAAACAGGCUGCUCGUCUCGCCGCGCAACACCCCGAUCCCCGCACCCCCGGAGAUGCGGAGCUACCCAUGACUGAUGAUCAGCACUCCCACGAUGGAAGUCAGGAAUUCGAUGACACCGAAUCGCACCCCAUGGCUACCAGUACCGAUUAUGCAAAUGGCAAAUCAGUGGGGGCACAUCACCACCUCCACCAACCGAUAAUGACCGAUUUGGAUGGGACUGCCGCGGGCGGGAAAUCCAAGAAGAAGAAAAAUAAGAAAGGUCGUUCUGGUUCUCACACCAUUGCCGAUGGAAGCUCAACUCCCCUCUCGACUCCCUCCGCUACUUUCUCCCACCCUCCGCCACCCCCACCGACCUUGCCAUAUGUCAGCCGGUACCCAGUCCGACCUACCAAGGAGGGCGGGAUCUGGAACCAGUCAUCACUUGAGGAACGCGAGAACAUUAGGACGUUCUGGUUUGAACUGGGCGAAGAGGAACGGCGACAACUGGUCAAGGUGGAGAAGGAUGCAGUGCUCAAGAAGAUGAAAGAGCAGCAAAAGCAUUCUUGCAGCUGCACAGUCUGUGGCCGAAAACGUACCGCCAUCGAGGAGGAACUGGAGGUUCUGUACGACGCAUACUACGAAGAGCUCGAGCAGUACGCGAACAACAACCAAGGCUCCUUCGACGAAGGGGCACCCAUCAUCCCUCCCCCGCGAUUGUAUCAGCCCCCUCUCCGAUCACCUGGUCAGCAUACUCGCACCCACGGCCAGUUCCACCCGUCUCGAGGUCGAGUUCAGGAGCUUCCCGAGGAUGAGGAUGACUUGGAAGAAGAAUACGACGAGGAGGAAGAAGAGGAGGAGGAGGAAGAGGAAGAAGAGGACGAUGAACUGUACAGUGAAGACGAGCUCGAAGAUGAAGAAGCCCGCGCUGCGCGUGCCGAUUUCUUUGCUUUCGGAAACAGCUUGACCGUUAAAGAUGGUAUUCUUACUGUUGCAGACGAUCUUCUCAAAAAUGACGGAAAACACUUCAUCGAUAUGAUGGAGCAGUUGGCCGAGCGCCGAAUGCAACGGGAAGAAGACACCCAGUACGGCAUAGCUGCUGCCCACCAAUCCUUCCAUGGAGGUCAUAACCACGGUCCUCUCGACGAUGAGGAGUACGAUGACGAAGAAGAAGAGGAGGAAGAUGAAGAAGACUAUGACAGUCAGGAAGAAGAAGAGUUCGAUGAGGACGAAAUGGAUGCUAUGACCGAGGAACAGCGCAUGCAAGAAGGGCGGCGAAUGUUCCAGAUCUUUGCUGCCCGGAUGUUUGAGCAACGGGUUAUGACAGCAUAUCGAGAAAAGGUCGCCGAACAGCGCCAGAAACAACUCCUCGAGGAACUGAUGGAAGAAGAGACACGAAAUGAGCAGCGCAAUGCCAAGAAGGCCCGCGAGGCGCAAAAGCGAAAGGACAAGAAGCGGCUUCAAAAGCAGGCCAAGGAGGAAGAAAAAGCUCGUCGGGAAGCCGAGAAGGCGGCCGAGGAGGCUGCGGCAAAAGCCGUGCAGGAGAAGAAGCUUGAGGAACAGCGCUUAAAGCGUGAAGAGCAACGGAAGAAGCGCGAAGCCGAACGGAAGGCCCAGGAAGAGGAGCGCGUGCGCAAGGAAGCCGAGAAGCAGCGACGACUGAAGGAAGAAAGGGAGCGACAAGCCGAGGCUGAGCGCAAACAACGUGAGCAACGGGAAGAGAAGAAGCGACGCGAGGAAGCCAAGCACAAGGAAAAGGAGGAGCGCGAAGCCCGAGAACAGAAGGCCAAGGAGGAGCGAGAGCGCAAGCUGCGCGAGGAGCAAGCGAAGAAGGACCGAGAGGCGGCAGUCAAGGCCGAACAGGAAGCCAAGGAGCGUGGUGGGAAGCGCGAAGCUCCCUCUCAACCGAAAUACCCACCCCCACACCCAGGGCCAGUUCCUAUUCCGCCAAACCUGCAGUCCCACGCCCCUUCGGGUCCCUUGCAAUCUCCGCGUUACUCGGUGGCUAGUCCCAUCGCCCAUAAAGUGUCAACUCCUGCCAGAACACGACAGCCGUCCCAGCAGGGCUCAUACAGUUCGUCUCCACACUCGCAGCCUGCAAGCGCCGAUCUGUCCCAUCCCACGUCUAUCUCGCCGCGCUCAAUGGGGCAGUCGGGGGCGUCGACCAUUGGGAGCAGACAAAGCUACCAGCAGCCGCCCCCAUUACAUCACCCUCAGCCUUCAGCACCACUGUCACCUUUAAGUCGGACAAACCCUCCUGGAUUCUCGGGACUGGGUGGCUUGCCGUCCAACCCUCCAGGUCUACCCGGCAUGGGUCAACGACCGUCUCUUCCACCCGAGUUGCAAAUGUACUCGCCGAACUCUGGAAUGAUGAAUCACUUGCGGGGAUUUAAUGGACCUGGCGGUAUCCCUGCACCGCCUGGCAUUAACGGCGUGCGUCCGAUGCCACCGGGCCGGGGAUUCCCGCCUGACCCUGGACAUGGCCUGCCGUUCUCCGGACAUCAUGGGGCGACUGGCGCAUUCCCGAUGCAACAGGCAGGUCUACCAAAAGCUCAUUCACGACAACCGUCUAGUUCUUUUGAUCGCUCCCCGCUUGAACAUGGUUCCCAGCCAUUCCCGAUCACCCGACCCAGCCCUAUUCAUCGCCCGUCAAGCACUUCGCAGGACCAGCAGGUCAAUGGUCAAGGUCCGUCACAGCGAGAUGUGGAUGACUUGAGCUCUCAUCUAGGGAGCAGCGCGCUUCUUGAUGAUACCGAUGCUCCAUAUUCAUCUAAGCUGUCUCAAUCAUUGCCCGGUGCCACGGCUCCUGGAUCCUUCCCGGGGCCAGCGAGAGCUAGUUUCCAGGGGUCAUCACUGUUCACGGAGCCUCUAGGAACCAAGCAAAACAACUUUGCGGUUGGCUCUGGGGUAGGCGGGAAUACUUGGGGUGCGCCAUUCGCAAACUCUGCUUUUCCUGGCUCCUCCACCUGGGGAAUUCCUGGGAGUGGUUGGGCUGAAAAUGUUUUUGCAGCCGGUGGUCAUCAUCGGCCGCAUACGUCUCGACCCGUCACCAUCCGUCUCCUGGUGAUUCAGGCUUGCAAGCAGCUCAACAUGACGAGCCAGCAGAAAGGCGCCGGCGGUUUCCACGACGUGAAUCAUGUUCUCCAGCAGGUAGAACAGCUGCGUCCUUCGGCGGAGCCUUCUAUCUCGUUGGGUGAAAUGCUAGAUAUCUGCGACACGGAGGGCAACCCUCAGAACGGCGGCGGAUCGUUCUCGAUCAGAGAAAACGAGAACGGUCGACAUGUCAAGUUCGAGCCGGAUACCAACAGCGCGGUUCCUGGUCAUAGGGGCAGCAUCGUGCCGGGUGAUAUCGGCAGCCCGAUUCCCGGGACGAGCAACUUGGCGCCAUUCGGUGGAUUUGGCGCUUCGUCGGUGUUCCGACAGUACUCCUCGCCUCCGACUGGGUUGUACGGCGGGACUUCGUAA